AUGGCAUCAUUUCGCAAAGUGGUGCCGGCCUCGGCACUUUUACGACAAGGAGGAGAUGACAUGACAGAAAAGAAGAGCAGAACAGAGUAUCGAAAAGAAAAGGAUUUGGAGGAAGAGCGUAAAGCCGGAACAGCGCCGGCUAUGGUCGACGUGCAAACUGGACGAGAUAUUAAUCCGCACAUUCCCCAGUUUAUUUCUCAGAAUCCCUGGUAUGUGCCCAGUGAAGGACCAACACUGCAGCAUCAAAGGCCUCAUGCGGAACGGCAGAAGGAUAUGGCUACCAUCGACAAAUGGUACAAGAAAGGUACCACUGGAAAGGCUGCCACUAAGUUCCGGAAAGGAGCUUGCGAAAAUUGUGGUGCUAUGGGCCAUAUCAAGCGCGACUGCUUCGAACGUCCAAGAAAACUGGGUGCAGCUAAGACCGGCGACGAUAUCGCCCCUGAUGAUCACGUACAACCGAACUUGUUGCUAGGUUUUGAUGCGAAGAGAGAUAGAUGGAAUGGCUUUGAUCCUAGCAGCCAUGAGCAGGUCAUUACGGAAUUCGAGCACUUGGAGGAAACAAGGAAGGCUAUCAAGGCAGAACAGGUGUGUUUGGUUUUCGAUUCUCAUUUUGCGUAUAUCGUUUGGUUACAACUCCGAGCAAGUAAUAACAUUAAGAUUCGCGCAGGACUUCUUGACCCUGAGAAAGGAGGUGCUGACGACGACAAAUACGCAGAAGAUGCAGACAUGGCUGGAGUUUCUGUGGACAUGGACUCAAGAACUCGAAUAACAGUUCGAAAUUUGAGAAUUCGUGAAGAUACUGCCAAAUAUCUCUUCAACCUGGCUGAAAAUUCACCUUAUUACGAUCCCAAAUCCCGAUCGAUGCGAGAAAAUCCGUUUGCUAAUGUGCAGGGAAAAGAGAAGGAAGCGGCCAAAUUCGCUGGUGAAAAUUUCAUCAGGUAUAUUUUUAUCACCCAAUUCACUUUUUUGUAUGCUACAUUUUAG